GUCUCCACAAUUCUUUUUAAUUAUUCGGCAAGAUCUUUUAGUACUUUAUAGAACCUAGUGCUACAAUUGUCAUCUGUCAUAUUUCUAAUAACAACCCAUCCUAUCCUUUUAGUUUUUUUGGUGAUGAAUAUUUUCCAUAUCUAAUGUAUCAACACAGAACGUCCACUAUUUCAUUGCAGUCAUUUACUAGUCCUUAUGUAUGAUCAAAAUUAUCGUCUUCCAAUUCGUUAAAUUCAAGAUCCUUAAUGAUCUGUCUUUUAAUUCUGGUCAUCGGGGUUACUUUCUGUAUCAUAUAGCCGGCUUCGUCCUGGGCUAAGGGUAACUUCACAUUUAUAAAUAGCUUUAGAUAUUUCCCCAAUCAGUGCUGUUCCACAAACCAAUCAUGCUAAACAGCUGAUUCAUAUUUCACAUUGACACAGUUAAAUUAAUUAGCUAUUCGAUAUAUUAUCCCUAAAACUAUUUUCAUCGCAAACGCAUUUUUACUAGUGAGUAGACAUACUAUUGUUAGAAAUCAGGAUAUCAUAAAAAAAAUAGUUAUAUUUUUAUAUUCAACAAAUCUUGCAGAUCCCCUAAUUCUGGGUUACCAUUUGAUAAGCUCUUAAAUUUACCUGCAGUAAAAGCAUGUAGGAGAAAUGUUGAAACAAAAAUAUAUGGUUAUCAAAGGAAGCAUAAAUUUUUAUAAUUAUUUCGAUCUUCUUUCAAUAAAAGUAGAGUAAUUGCUAAUUUCAGUAACUGGUUCAUGUGGCACAAAGAUCGGGUGAACAGGAAGUAUACAAACAGAAAAGCUUUAUUUCUAAUUGAUAUCAUGCAAGUUGUGUAAACUAUAAGACAUGAGUAUAUUCAACAUCUUCUCAAAUGAUUGACCCCAAUAUCUCUGGUCAAU